AAAUUAAAUAAAUUAUACAUAUCUUCUCCGACUACUAUCUUCUCUCUACAAGCCUCUCUCUGAAACAUCUCAAUUACAAACCCUAAAUAUAAGCUGACUUCACAUAUAUAUAACUCAUAUAUACAUACAAGCUUUGAUAUGUUGAAAAAUUUGGAUUAUUUAUGACAGGCAUAUGUGCGUCAAACUUUCUGCUACAUUAGAGUUAACUUUGACUACUGGAUCAAGUUCAAUAUUUGAUACUGGUUUGAAUCUUGUUGACGAUGAGUGUGAGAAUUGGAGCUGCUGAAGGGAAGGGGAUCUCAGGAGAUGACGAGUCAAUGGUUAAUAGGGAUGCUGACGGUAAAAAUAGUAGGCCCGUAGUCCAAGAGCAACAUUUUCUACAGAGAUACCCACAGCAGCAGCUUCAAGGACCAACAGUACGGUGGGAACGGUUUCUCCCUGUUAGGUCUCUUAGAGUUUUGCUGGUAGAGACUGAUGACUCAACUCGCCAUGUUGUCAGUGCAUUGCUUAGCAAUUGUAGCUAUGAAGUGACGGCUGUAUCUGGUGGACCAGAAGCUUGGAAAAUCUUAGAAGAUUCAAGUAAUCACAUUGAUCUUGUAUUGACUGAGGUAGAGAUGCCAUCUUUGUCUGGUAUUGGUUUAUUAGCCAGCAUGAUGAACCACAAAUCUUGCAAGAACAUUCCAUUGAUUAUGAUGUCAUCUAAUGAUUCAAUGGGUAUAGUCUUUAAGUGCUUGUCAAAGGGUGCAGUAGACUUCUUAGUAAAGCCUAUUCGAAAGAAUGAGCUUAAGAAUCUUUGGCAGCAUGUUUGGAGGAAAUGUCACAGUUGUCACUCCAGUGGAAGUGAGAGUGGUAUACGGAUCCAGAAUAAUUCAAAGUCUAGUGUUGAAGUGUCAGAUAAUAACACUGGAAGCAAUGGUGAUGAUGUUAACUGGAGCACUGGUUUGAAUGUCAAGGACGGAAGUGAUAAUGGAAGUGGGACUCAGAAUUCUUGGUCAGAAAGGAUGGUAGAAGUUGAGAAGAGUCGAGCAGUGACACUAUCUGACAGAGUAGGGGGUCCAGCUGAUAGCACUUGCGCCCAGGUUUGUCAAUCAAGGUCCAGAGCACGUGGGUGCAACAAAGAGGAGGUUGAACACGAAAAUGUAACAAUGGGAAAGUACUUGGAGACAGCAAUCCUUAAGAAUCCGGAUGCAUCGCUUGAACAACCAUUCAGAAAGGAAUCGAAGAAAGAUAACGAGGAAUCAGAAAAAAGGAUAGUGGAGGUCAAUAAUGAAGCAGUAAAAGACAAUUCAAGAAUGGGAAAUUCAGACUAUAUGUGUGUAAUUACCAACAGUUCUAAUCCUCAGAUCGAAAGUGUACCGACCGAAGACACGCUGUCCAAGAUUAUCAAUACUAAAGACAAGAACAGAGAUGAAAAUAAUGCAUUGCCUUCCCUUGAACUUGAUCUGAAUAAACCAAUAGAUGAUGCCAAGAUCAAGAGAAACAUUUUAAGACAUUCAGACCUUUCAGCUUUCUCUAGGUAUAACAUUACCUCAAGUGUUAAUGGAACACCAACAGGAAAUGUAGGCAGCUGUUCUCCGCCUGAUAAUAGUUCAGAAGCAGAAAAGACAAAAAUGGUGCACAAUUUGGAAUCUAAUUCGCUUGGAACUCCCAAUCAGAUUUGUGGCAACAGCAACAAUGAUGAUAUGGGCUCAUCAACUAACAAUAACUUAUCUAAGCCAGUUUGUGAUAAGCAAAAGGCUACAUCAUUAGUUAAUGCUCAUCCUUCAUUUCAGUUGUUCAAAGACUCUGACAAUUCUUCCAUGAAACCUGAACUACAAGGUCUAGCUGAUACUGGAAAAGCUCAAGAACGGACUGCACAUCGGCAGGUCCAAGUCCAGCACCAUCAUCACCAUUACCACCAUCACCACCACCAUGUUCAUGAUAUGAACGAGAAGGAACAGCUUACAGAUCAUAAUAGCUUGUCUUUCAAAAGCAAUGCAUCAGCUUCACACUUUGGGUCAUCCAAUGUUGCAAAUGCACCAAUUGAAGGAAAUGCUGCCAACUUUUGUAUGAAUGGAAGUGCUUCUGGCAGUAAUAACAGAAGUGGUGCAGAAAAUGGUAGCAGCGGGCAAAAUGCAAACAAUAUAGCUGGAACAGUAGAAGGAACCGUUAUGGCUGGCGAGAGUGGAGGUUCUAGAAAAUGUGGUGGUGAAGAUUUACAUGGGAGUGGACGCAAGAGUGGGCUUGAUCAGAACCAGUCAGCGCAAAGAGCAGCUGCCUUGCAUAAAUUUCGCGAGAAGAGGAAAGAUAGAUGCUUUGACAAAAAGGUCCGCUACCAUAACAGGAAGAAAUUGGCAGAACAGAGACCACGGGUAAAGGGGCAGUUUGUUCGACAGGCGGUUGUUGAAGACAAAAUUAGUGAUCCGAACAGCUAACUCAGACUUCUCACCUUGUAACCCAACAGUGUACAUGAAGUUCUACUACAAGAACGUGGAGUGUUUUACAUCCUUUGUUAGUAUUGUCAGCUGAUAUAACAGCUUAAUAUGGUAUAUGGGAAAACCAAACUAAUGGUGAACAUGGGUGUUUUUUUUUCUUUUUUGUUUGUAUAAUUUACUGAGACUAGCAAGGUAACCUACAGAGACUUUUUUUUUUUCUUUUGUGAGAUUCAAUAAUCAUUGUUUAAAAAGCUACUUUAGCCCUUUUGAUGUUCGCCAAUGUGUUAUAAAUAAUUUUUCCUCAGGUUCCUAUUUC